UCCCAUUUCAUGAUCGAAAUAAUUUGAUAAACUUACAUAUGAUUACAUUAAAUUUUAUAAAAUAUAUUCUUCCAAAAAAAAAAACUUUUAAUAAGAGGUGGUCUUCUGGAGCUAAAAUAACUAUACGUAUGAUAAUUUUGGGACAGCCGCUUGAUUUCCGCCGCUUCCUUCAACGGAGAGGAAAGGAGCGAGGUGGCGGAUCGAAGGCACAACCGCUUUAGGACUACCCUGGCGGACUGAAGUUGAAAAUCAGAGCGGAUACUCUCACGGCGGUACGAUCACCGCCAAUCCCCUUUUCCUCCAUUUCUCCUUCGCAUGGGUCUCGAUAUCUUUGGGCGUGGUCUGUAGUGAUUUCAUUUCCAACUCAACGUGAUCGAAGGAUUCCAGGCGUCGCCGUAGGCUGGCGACGCUUAGGAUAAACAUUUCGGUUGCUUCCUUAACGGCCGGUCAAGUCUAUUUGAUAAAUUUGCCAACCAGCGGAAGGGCGUAGUCGUCAACUACUAACAGGCGAAUAUGCUGUGGUUGAUGCGACUCUCUGGUUUCCUAUCUGCAACCAUGGUUGUGAUAGUUCUUUCGCCUUCCCUGCAAUCGUUUCCCCCUGCGGAGGCAAUCCGAUCCUCCCAUUUCGAUAGCUAUCUACGUUUCCCUGGUCAGAUCGGCUCGGCCGGCACUGACCGACCCCGAUUUCCAUUUCGCGAGGCCUCGCCCUUCCACAAUGCCGAAGAAUGCGAGGACUCGACCAUCGAUUCCACGGCGUGCGACCCGGCGCUGGUCCACAUCGCGAUCACUCUUGAUGAGGAGUAUCUCCGCGGGUCGAUUGCCGCUGUACACUCGGUGUUGCAGCACUCCCUCUGUCCGGAGAGCGUCUUCUUCCACUUUCUCGUUUCGGACACUAGCCUUGAAUCCUUGGUACGUACGGCGUUCCCCCGUCUCCGAUUUAAGGUAUACUACUUCGAUCCGGAGAGGGUUAGAGGCUUGAUCUCAACGUCCGUGCGGCAGGCACUCGAGCAGCCGCUCAACUACGCGCGAAACUACCUUGCCGACAUGCUCCAAACCUGCGUCCGCCGCGUAAUCUACCUCGAUUCUGACCUUGUCGUAGUCGACGACAUAGCCAAGCUGUGGAGGACGGACCUGCGUGGACGAACGGUGGGUGCACCGGAAUACUGCCAUGCCAAUUUCACUAAGUACUUCACCCAACGGUUUUGGUCUGAUCCAAAGCUCGCCGGCACCUUUGCCGGCCGGCGGCCAUGCUAUUUCAACACCGGCGUAAUGGUCCUUGACCUUGAGCGGUGGCGGCGUUCUGGCUACACACGUCGGAUUGAGCGGUGGAUGGAGGUGCAAAAGGGCGCUGCCGGUGACGGCGCCGGCGGACGAAUAUACGAGCUUGGGUCGCUGCCACCGUUCCUGUUGCUAUUCGCCGGACACGUGGCGCCGAUCGAGCACAGAUGGAACCAGCACGGACUGGGAGGUGAUAAUGUGAGAGGAAGCUGCCGUGAUCUACAUCCUGGGCCGGUGAGCCUCCUCCAUUGGAGCGGCUCCGGCAAACCAUGGGCCCGGUUCGACUCUAACCGGCCAUGCCCGCUCGACGCCCUUUGGGCUCCUUAUGACCUGUACGGCCCCACCCCCUGACCCACCAGCACCCGUCACACUCAUUAUUGUGCGUUCGCAUUUUUCACUUUUACUCUACUGUAAUUUUCGCCUUUAUUUCCACGUUUUGGAUUUUUUCCUCACAAUAUUUUUUUUUUUUUUGGGGGAUUAACGGGGCGAGUUGUAUUUUAUUCGUAUUGUUAUUUUGCCUCUGCAAAUAAAAGAAAAUCAUAUUGAUUUGUU